ACAUAAAUUAAAACGUCUCUCAAUUCGCGCUGUUGUUAUUACAAAUGGUGAAAUAACACCCUGUUAGUUAUUGACAGUAGUAGUCCUUACGACGACAAUAAUAACUAUUUAAUAAGUCGCCCAUUUAAGACCAAAAACAGUGUUUUCCCAAAAUCUGGCAUAACCAGGAAGUUCUGAGGUGUCAUAUGAUUGUAGAAAAAUGGCUGCGGUGCAGUGGCGAUCCAGAGGGCGCAACUAUGAGGCAGAGCUGCAGAGAUGUCAUCCUGAGGCCUCUCCGAUUGAAUUUGGAGACUACCAUCCCCUCAAACCCAUCAUGGUGACAGACACAAAGACCCGCCGUGGGGCUCGUAAAGGCAGCACCUCCUCGUCUUCCUCCUCCUCCUCCUCGGCGCCCCCGGACCCCCUCAGCUCCAUGUUGGAUGGGACCGACCCCCUCUCCAUGUUUGCUGCAGCCUCGGCCACUGAGGUUCCUGCCAUGUCACACAGCGCCUCCACAGGGGAUCUGGGGAGGAAGAGGAAGGAGAAAGAAGAAGAGGCAGUGGGACCAGACUUUGAGCCCUGGUCGUCAAAACGAGGAGAGAUCCUGGCCCGGUUUACCACCACUGAAAAACUCUCAAUUAAUCUCUGCAUGGGCUCUGAUCGGGGAAAAGCUCCAAGUCCAGGAUCCUCAGCUGUUUCAGAGAAAGUUCGAACUCGCCUGGAGGAACUCGACGAUCUGGAGGAGGGUUCCCAACGAGAGCUGCUCAACCUCUCCCAGCAGGAUUACGCUAACCGCAUCGAGGAGCUGAACCAGUCCCUGAAGGAAGCCUGGGCCUCAGACCAGAAGGUCAAAGCCCUGAAGAUCGUCAUCCAGUGCUCGAAGCUUCUGUCCGACACCUCUGUGAUCCAGUUCUACCCCAGCAAGUUUGUUCUCAUUACUGAUAUCCUCGACACUUUUGGACGGCUGGUAUACGACAGAAUCUGGACCAUGUGUUCAGACCCACGACCCCUACCAGACUCGUUCACAGUUGACGAUGUGAAUGACACGGCCAAGGAGACGUGCCUUAACUGGUUCUUCAAGAUCGCCUCCAUCAGAGAGCUUCUGCCCAGACUAUAUGUUGAGGCUGCCAUUCUGAAGUGCAACCGCUUCCUGAACAAGAGUGGCAUCCCGGAGACACUCCCUCGGUUGACAGCCAUGAUCAGAGGGAUCGGAGACCCUCUGGUGGCAGCAUAUGCCAGAGCUUACCUCUGCAGGGUGGGCGUGGAAGUGGCCCCCCACCUGAAAGACAGCCUGAACCGCAACUUCUUCGACCUGCUGGGCACCUUCCGGCAGAUUAGUGGGGAGAGCGUCCAGAACCAGCUGGUCAUGCAGAGGGUGGAGGUGCCCGAGUACCUGACGCUCUACUCACCCGCCAUCAACUGGAUCCUGCAGUGCAUCGCCUACAGAGCUCCAGAGCCUUUACUAACGGAGAUGAUGGAGAGAUGCAAGAAGCUGGGGAACAAUGCAUUGCUGCUGAAUUCAGUUAUGAGGGCGUUCAGGCCAGAAUUUGUCGCAGCCAGGGCCACUGACUUUAUCGGUAUGAUCAAAGACUGCGACGAGGCUGGCUUCCCAAAGCAUCUGCUGUUUGGAUCUCUGGGUCGCAGUCUGGCCUGUGCUGACCCUCCAGAAUCUGAGCGACUGACGAUCCUGAAUGAAGCCUGGAAGGUCGUCACCAAAGUGCGCAGUCCUCAGGAUUACAUCAACUGUGCUGAGAUCUGGGUGGAGUUCACCUGCCGACACUUCACAAAACGUGAGGUCAACACCGUACUGGCUGACAUCAUCAAACACAUGACCCCUGACCGGGCGUUUGAGGACGCUUAUCCUCAGCUGCAGUCAGUGAUCAGGAAGAUCCUCACCUACUUCCAUGACUUCUCCGUCCUCUUCUCCAUGGAGCGUUUCCUGCCGUUCCUAGACAUGUUCCAGAAGGACAGUGUGAGGGUGGAGGUGUGCAGAUCCAUCAUGGAGGUCUUCAUCAAGCACCAGGUGGAGCCCACCAGAGACCCGGUCAUCCUUAACGCCAUGUUGCACAUCUGCAAGACCAUGCACGACUCUGUCAACGCUCUCACUCUCGAGGAUGAGAAAAGAUCUUUGUCUCUGCUGAUCAUUGGCUUCAUCCGCAUGGUUUCUUUUGGUCGGGACUUCGAGCAGCAGUUGAGCUUCUGUGUGGAGGCCAGAGCCACCUUCUGUAACCUGGAGUCAGUGAUGGUGCAGCUCAUUCAUACGGUGAACCAGCUGGCGAUGGAGACCAGCAGGGUGAUGAGAGGAAAUCACUCACGCAAAACAGCGGCCUUUGUCAGGGCGUGUGCUGCCUACAGUUUUAUCACCAUCCCGUCUCUCAGCAGCAUCUUCAGUCGUCUCAGCCUCUAUCUGCUCUCUGGUCAGGUUGCGUUAGCAAACCAGUGUCUCUCCCAGGCGGAUGCUUUCCUAAAGGCAGCAGUCAGUCUUCUUCCAGAGGUUCCUCGCUCCAUCAGCGUGGAGGGAAAACUUCGCUCUUCUGAGACCUUCCUGCUGGACUUUAUCAACAACUUCCUGGCUACACUACUAGUUGUCCCGGACCAUCCAGAGCAUGGCGUGCUCUACCUUGUCCGCGGUCUACUCAACAUGGUACAAGAUUACACCUGGGAGGAAAACAGCGACGCCAAGGUGCGGGUCUACAUCAGCGCUCUGCCCCUGCUGGCUGCCAUGGGCCAAGAAACCUACCUCUACUCCAUCCCUAAAGUGGACUCCAAUGAGACACUUUAUGGAGGAGACCCCAAGUUUCUAUCAGAGAUCAACAAGCUGUGUGAGACUCUGAUCGGACAGAUUCUGGACCACCUGAAGGCACUCAGUCGGGAUGAGCAGAGCACACGGCGUCAAGGCGCUCUGGCCUUUUCCCUGUUUGGCGUCCUGCUCGCUCACGGUGAUCUGAGGAACAACAAGCUGAGCCAGCUGGCUGUCAACCUGUGGAACCUCAGCCACAAACACGGAUACUGUGAGACUCGAGUUUCGGUUCGGACUCUGGAGUACAUCAAACACCAGGCUCAGCAGGCCGACAUGAGCCACCUGUUGGAUACAGUCCAGAGGCUGCAACUGCAGUCCCGCACCUGAACAUGAUGUGAUUCUGUUGGCUUCAUAACAUCGUGAUUUCCAUCAUGCACUGGGACGGUUUGCAGCCGAGUGUGAAGCGGUCCAAAUCUGAGGCCAUGGUACUCUGCCAGAAAUCGGUGGAUAGCCCCCUCUGGGUUGGGAGGGAGUGAGAGAGUUCAAGUAUCUCUGGGUCUUGUUCACGAGGGUUAGGGUGAGAUGGAUCGGCAGUUUGGUGUGGCUUCUGCUGUGAUGCGGGUGCAGCGCUGGACCGUUGUGCUGAAGAGCGAUUUACUGGUCCAUCUACGUCCCAACCCUCACCUAUGGUCAUGAACUCGUGAACUGGGUAGUGACCGAAAGAAUGAGAUCGCUACAAGCGAUUGAAAUGAGUUUCCUCCGUGGGGUGGCUGGGCUCAGCCUUAGAGAUAGGGUAAGGAGCUCAGACAUCUGGAGGGAGCUCGGAGAAGAGCCGCUGCUCCUUCACGUCGAAAGAGGUCAGUUGAGGUGGUUCGGGCAUCUGAUCAUCUUCCGGGCACGUCCCACUGGUAGGAGGCCCCGGGCCAGACCCAGAACACGCUGGAAGGAUUAUAUAUCUCAUCUGGCCUGGGAACGCUUUGGGGUCCCCCAGGGGGAGCAAUUUGGCAAUUUGGGUUUUCUAUCCUCGCACCACAUGCAGCAACUUUGUUCAUACCCUCAAUAAAAAGCGAUAAAAAAGUGGACAGGACAAUGUUUGUUUCAAGACAUUCUCAAACUCUUCUCAGUUGUAGUUUAUUUACUUGAUUAGUGAAUCAUCUGAAAGGCAAACACUCCUCUUUAGUUCUGAAAGGAAAAAUAAUAAAAAACAAAAGCGUGAUGACACUGACAAAGGGCCUUUGGUCACACCUUUUUCACUGCCAAUAAUGAAAGGAGAAGUCCAACAAAACUGACUUUCAGGUUGGCAAAAAAGAAGUUAUGACACUGAAUAAUAAAAGGUGUGUGAUAUGAGUAGCAGAGCAUGUUGCAUGAAAUGACUGAUGUCAUAGGAAAUGUGAACUGUUGAGGAACCUAAAAGUCAGUUUUGCCUGGAUUUCCCUUCAGACCUCAGUGAUGCAGCGGAGGGACCAGCAGGAGGAGCCGACACCAGAAAUGAACACAAUACUGUUAAAGCUGAGUUAUUUAAACAUUUGUUUGUAGUUUAUUAUUUUUCAGUCUCUGAUGAACGCUGCUGUUAACCCUUCCACUGCCACACCACUGGUUUCUUUCUCUGUAUCAUCGAUACCAACGUUAGAUAGAUGUAAUCACAGCAGAGCAUGUUUACAUUCACAACCCGACACAAUUCUAUCUGUCCUUCUGUCGCACUACGACAUUGAGCCAGCCGGUCCCGUACGGUGUGCCAAAAUGGCCAAUAUUGAAGUUUAUGAAACAAGUAAUCAUGAAAAUAAAUGUUUAAAAGGGACCCAACUAACCUGUGAUGUUUUAAUUAAUGUAUUAAAUUACCUAACUUUCAUGGAAUUAUUUUAUCCUUCUUAAAUUAUUCAUUAAUAUAAAUAAACCUAAAAUUAUAUUCCCUGAAAAUCUGUUGAGUUUUACCAGUCUUUAAAUAUUUUACUCCACUGAUUCAUACAAUUAUUGUCAUUUUGUAUUUAGUAUUGACCAUUUUGGUGUUCCAUAGUCCCACACAGAUAAUUACACAGAAGUAAAUAAACAUUCCUCUACAUUGGAAGACCUCUGGACUUUUCUAGUAACCUAGCAUUAAAUUAAAAUUUGUCUUCACAUGGGGGGGUAUGACCUCUUUUAAGAUUAUCUGGAGCACAGUUAGGACUUUUUUGUUUUGUUUUUUU